CAUUUCAGAUUGAGAUGAGUUUUCGGGUGUUAAAAUCUCUGUUGAGACGAGGUUGGCGAACUCGAGGAGAGAGUACAAGUACAAUUUCAAGCUUUAGACAGAUUUACCAAAUUCUUCCAACGAGGUUUGUUUCAAGGACUCCUCUCACGUUUAUAGCUUUAGGUGGUUUGGGUAUAACCGUGUACGAGUGUAGAGGGAGUGGGAGAAAUUUACAAGACAAAUUCCUCAAGGCGAUUAAGUCGGGGAAUAUUAUAGAAGUUGAAGCAUUGCUUAAAUCUGGAGGUGUAGAUGUAAAUGGUAAACAUGAACUAGGUUGGGGUCCUCUUCAUAUUGCAGCAGUUAACUCUAGAAGAGAGAUUGUAAGUGUACUGCUGGAGUACGGAGCAGACCCUGAUAUAGAAGAUGAAUUUAUGAAUGUUUACACAACAGCCAGAGAGAAAAGGAUGCAGAGUAUUGAUGUACAGAUAUCAAGAGAAGACGAGUUCUCAAACAGGCUUAGUAACAGAGCCAAUUUCAGAGGAUGCACUCCACUACACUACGCUGCUCUGGCAGAUGAUCCUGGUAUUGUGAAUGCAUUAUUAGAGGCAGGAGCGGAUCCUCUAAAAGUGAAUGAUUACGGUAAAACUCCAUUGGACUAUUCCAGAGAUCCUGUAAUCAAAAAUGUUUUAAAGGUGUAUGGAGAGAAGUACCUUGAGCUGAAGAAGCAGAGGGAGGUAGAGGAGAGGAGAAGGUUUCCCUUGGAGCAGAAGCUUAAGCAGUUCAUUGUUGGACAGGAGGGAGCAAUUAGUACAGUCGCAGCAGCUAUACGCAGGAAGGAGAAUGGUUGGACGGAUGACGAGCAUCCGUUAGUGUUCCUGUUCCUUGGUUCAUCAGGGAUUGGGAAAACUGAACUAGCAAAACAAGUAUCCAGAUAUUUGCACAAACAAGACAAUAAGGGAUUUAUUCGGCUUGACAUGUCUGAGUUUCAGGAGAAGCACGAGGUGGCUAAACUGAUUGGAUCUCCACCAGGCUAUGUUGGACAUGAUGAUGGUGGACAGCUAACUAAACGUCUAAGAGAGUUCCCUGACGGUGUAGUUCUAUUUGACGAGGUAGAUAAAGCCCAUCCUGAUGUUCUUACAGUGCUCCUCCAACUAUUCGACGAAGGACGUCUAACAGAUGGGAAGGGUAAGACGAUUGAGUGUAAGAACGCUAUAUUUAUAAUGACCUCUAACCUAGCUAGCUCAGAGAUAGCGGACCACGCUAUUCAGCUCAGGCGUGAGAGUGAAGAGGUUGCUAAAGCAAAGUUUAAUGAAUUUCCAAAAGAAGGAGAAAUUAUUCAGGAGAAGAUUGCGAUCUCAAAACAUUUCAAGGAGAAGAUAGUUCAACCUAUACUGAAAACACACUUUCGACGAGACGAAUUUCUCGGACGGAUUAAUGAGAUUGUUUAUUUUCUCCCAUUCUCAAGGAGUGAACUGUUGCACCUAGUCGAGAAGGAACUAGAGUUCUGGGCUGGAAGAGCGCAGCGGAAGCACAGUAUAGUCUUAAGCUGGGACAGGAGCGUUCUGAACCUCCUGGCAGACGGAUACAAUGUUUACUAUGGAGCUAGAUCUAUUAAACAUGAGGUUGAGAGAAGGAUAGUAUCCCAGCUAGCUCUGGCACAUGAAACAGAUCAGAUCUCGGAGAAAUCUUAUGUUAAACUAACCACUACUGGGGCAACAGACCAGGAUUUAGGAGUACUCAGGUAUUUAAUGUUUAAGUGUCCUUUAAAAAUCUAAUUUUUUACGUUGCGA